CCGGCGACAUUAGCUAGCGCUCGCUCAACGCUCUUCUCUGUAACAGGGGAACACACGGACUACAAGGAACCGAACCGCAUCGCCUGCCCGCCCGCACCCCCGCUCGGACUGUAACCCUCUCACACACGCUCACGCUGCACCCGCCGCCGCGCACUCCGGGUGGUUUUCGCUGGUUUAAAAAAAUAUUUUCUUCUAAUUUCUCUUUUUUCUUUUUUUUUUAAAUUAAUAUUAAAAAAAAAUCCUUCGGAAGGUGAAACCCGCCCGGGACGGACUGGGACCCGGCGGCGGCAGCGCGGCCCGUGCAGCAGCAGACGGUAGCGGCCGGGGGCGGUAGUUUGGUUGUCGUUAAUUUCUGUGGUUGUUGGUUGCCGAGUUGUCUCACCAUGAAGGAAAACGGUGCACACUUCUUCGAAGGGACCGAGAAGCUGUUGGAGGUGUGGUUCGCCCGGCAGCAGCCCGCGCAGCAGGAGCCGCACCAGAGCAAGGGUUCCGGCGACCUACGCACCAUACCCAGGAUUGAGUGGGACAAACUUCUGGAGAAUGUGCAUUGUUUGAUCAUAAGUGUGACAAAAACUGACAAACAGGAAGCUUAUGUACUCAGUGAGAGUAGCAUGUUUGUCUCCAAGAGACGUUUCAUUUUGAAGACGUGUGGUACCACCCUCUUACUGCAAGCACUGGUUCCCCUGUUGGAGCUUGCUAGGGAGUACAGUGGGUUUGACUCAAUUCAGAGCUUCUUCUAUUCACGUAAGAAUUUCAUGAAGCCGUCUCACCAGGAGUACCCACAUAGGAAUUUCCAGGAAGAAGUAGAAUUUCUUAAUGAAAUUUUCCCAAAUGGAGCAGCUUAUUGCAUGGGACGUAUGAAUUCUGAUUGCUGGUACCUGUACACUCUGGAUUUCCCAGAGAGUCGGAUAUCCAAUCAGCCUGAUCAGACGCUGGAAAUUCUGAUGAGUGAGCUUGACCCAGUAGUUAUGGACCAGUUCUACAUGAAAGAUGGUGUUACUGCAAAUGAUGUCACUCGUAUGAGUGGAAUUCGUGACCUGAUACCAGGUUCUGUUAUUGAUGCUACAAUGUUCAAUCCUUGUGGGUAUUCAAUGAAUGGGAUGAAAUCGGAUGGAACUUAUUGGACUAUUCACAUCACUCCAGAACCAGAGUUUUCUUAUGUUAGUUUUGAAACAAACAUAAGUCAGACCUCUUAUGAUGACCUGAUUAGAAAAGUUGUAGAGGUUUUCAAGCCAGGAAAAUUCGUGACAACCCUCUUUGUUAAUCAGAGCUCUAAAUGUCGUACAGUGUUUUCUUCUGCCCAGAAGAUUGAAGGGUUUAAACGUCUUGAUCACCAGAUUGCCCAAUUCAGUGAUUACAACUUUGUUUUUACCAGUUUUACAAAGAAUCGCCAGCAACAGCACAGUUGAUUAAGAAUGAAGAAAAAACGCAAAAGGAGAUCCCAUAUAGAAGGUGGUGGUUGCUUUCUAGUUGAUGAUUCAGGGGGCCAUGCUUUCCAUUCCCACCACCUUGUAGUUGUGGAAAGCCCUAGGUGUAAUCAUAGUAUAACCAUUUUGAAUUGUAUGCAUUAUUAUAUCAAGGAGUUAGAUAUCUUGCAUGAAUGCUCUCUUCUGUGUUUAGGUACUCUAUGCCACUCUUGCUGUGAAAUUGAAGUGCAUGUAGAAAAAUCUUACUGUAUGAAACUUUACAACACAUGUAAAAAUAAGCCAGGUAGAAUUACACACAGCAUAGUUUUUCUCCAGGUAUCACCAAAAAUUCCCCACAGACAAGGCUUUCGUCCUCAUUAGACUUCAGCCUCAAUCUACUCACUGGGACAGUUCUCUGUUAAAUUGUCACCAAUAUUUUUCAUCUAUAUUGUGAUUUCAGUCUAAAACAGUUUUUGAGAAACUUGUAUGAUUUCUAAUGAAACUGAUUCCUAAUUAACACUUUCAUGUUGGAGAAAGUUCUUUCACUUAAUACAGUUAGAAAUUGUUUUAUUACUGCAGGUGAUGGUUUCCUAAAAUCACUGAUUUCUGUCAUGCUCUUAAUCAAGUUUAUAAGAAUUUGUUCAGCUCUGCUAUAGCACUGGGCUUAUGCAUCAGCCUUUCACCCUUAAACUUGGGUAUAGAUACUGCUGCAGGCUAAACUUCAUCUUGGCUUAAUGCUCAUAUUUACAUACCAUAUCCCCAAGCUGUCAUAUUGCUACACAAUGGCAGAAUUUGAAGAAGGUUCAAGACUUAAAAGGGGGAGAGCUGAGUCAGGGUUCAAGUGCUUUGGCAUAGUUGUAUGACUGCUUCACAAAGAGCGAAUCCAUACUGGCACCAAACAUCUUUCUGAGGCACUAAUAAUGUCUCUAAGAAGCUGGUGCUCAUAAGUGCUGGCAAGUCAAUCUAGCAAAGGAGUGGAGUUUGUCAGGCUGGAGACGUUGAUUGUUUUGAUUAUUCUCAGUAAAACAAGCUGACACUUCUAACUGUAAAAAGAAUGCUUCUAAACUGGUCCAGUGUCACUUCAUUUUGUUGUUCCAAGCAAAGCCAAUGCCUCUAUCUUGUGACAGUCCUGUGACAUUGUUGUGCAUGUGACUUACGUUGUAUUUGAGUGUUGUGACUUCAUCUGUUUUUUCCUCCUAAUUAAUGCAGUGGUUCCUCUUACUGUGACUUGAGGGCAUUAAGUGAAGGCAUAUAACAAGAACUGUCUGGGACACCUGGACAGGAGUGAAGUAGAAUGCUAUUCAUAGAACAUGAAUAAGUGUAAUUCAAAGUCACUUUAAUGGGUAUUGACUAAAAUGCAGGCUUUAAAGAGCUGGCAAACUUUCAGCUAUGUUUGCAAAUACUAUAGGAUUCUAACAGCUGUGAGACCAGCAAGUUAAAACUAUAAAACAGAUUUUUUUUUUUUUUUUUCUCUCUUGUCCUUGCAAUGUUUUGGCUCUUUCUGGGUUGACAUAAUGGUUUUCUGUUCCUUCCGUAUUUAUAAAGGAAGCACUUUUUCAGUGCUUCUAAACUAAAGUCUGCUUGGUUAGAAAUCAAGUGGUUGGAACAUUGAGUUCUUCUAAGCAUAUUGUUGAUUGAAGUUCUUUAACAAUGUUGUGCCAUUUACAGCAUAUAAUUGAUUAGUGCUUUUUGAUGUUAAUACUGAGGACCAAUAUUUCUGUGGUUUUUGUUCCUAAAGUGUCACAACUGAUCUGACAUUUGUUGGCUUGAGGUCCUUUAAGUAGACUGAAAAUCCCUUUCCAAGUAAUACUGAAAAAUACACAUUUUAUAAAUAGAAGCAUAAGUCUUGGCUAUAAAAUGAAAGCUGUUGAAUGGAUUGAACUAUCUAGGGUAAUCAGGAUGGGGGGAGUAUGGUGUUUAUAAUUUCUGUGAUGUUAGACUUUGAUCAUUUAAAAAUCUGUACCACAACUUAAUGCUUCAAUAAAAGUUUGCUUAAAUUGUU